CCCUUCCCAGCAGGUGCAAAAGUUCCCCUGUCUGACCCGGCGCACGGUCAGCGCGCAGCGCUCCAAGGCUCACACGCCAUGAGGUAUUUCAUCACCGUCGUCUACAAUCCUGGCUACGACAAACGUCUUCGGUUCAUGGUCAUGGGCUACGUGGACAACACGCAGAUCUUUAGCUUUGACAGCGAGGUGAGCCAGCGGGUGGAGCCGCGGGUGCCAUUUAUGGCGCAAGAUCCAGAGCAUUUAGAGGAGCUGGAGCUUUUCGGCAGGCGCGUCUUAUUAAUUGGCCAAAUCGAACUUUGGACCCUGUUCCGCUACCGUAGCCAGAGGGAGAAAGGGUCUCACACUAUCCAGUGGCUGUGCGGCUGUGACACCGGGCCAGAUCACCGCCUCCUCCGUGGGUAUAAGCGGAUGGCUUAUGAUGGCCUCUCUUACAUCUCUCUGACCGAGGACCUGCGCUCCUGGAUCGCAGCGGAUACCGAGGAGGCUCAGAGCACCAGGCGCAAGUGGGAGGCAGCUGGGUUUGCAAGGUCGUGGAGAUCUUUCUUGGAGGGAAGGUGUGUGGCUUGGCUUGUCAAAUACCUGGAUAAAGGGAAGGAGAUUCUGCAGCGUGUAGAUCCUCCAAAGACAAAUGUGACUCAUCACCCCAGACCUGAAGGAGGUACCACCCUGAAGUGCUGGGCCCUGAGCUUCUAUCCUGCAGACAUCAUGCUGACCUGGCAGAGGGAUGAGGAGGACCUGACCCAGGACAUGGAUCUUAUUGAGACCAGACCUGCAGGGGAUGGAACUUUCCAGAAGUGGGCAGCUGUGGUGGUGCCUGCAGGAGAAGAGCAGAGAUACACAUGCCAUGUGCUGCAUGAGGGGCUGCCUGAGCCCCUCAUCCUGAAAUGGGAGCCUCCUCCAUCUCCCACCACCCCCAUCAUGGGAAUCAUUGCUGGGCUGAUUCUCCUUGGAGUGUUGGUCGCAGGAGCUGUGGCUGCCAUUGUGAUGAGGAAGAGUACAGGGUGUCAUACAGUACCUCAGGCUGACCUGGAACUCAAAUGAAGCUGUGAGGGCUUCAGUGUCAGCUCUUCUGGAUUUAGAAUCUUCCAGGACUUGCAUUCUGGAAAUGUCUGUGAAGUUGUUUCCAGAGAUUAACUGAGGAGGGGAGAGCUGCCCUGAACGUGGGUGACACCAGCCCAUGAUCUGGGGCCCAGACUGAAGAACAGGGUGGAAAAGGAGAAAGCCGGCAUCCCCACACUCUGCUUUUGUAUGGAGAUGUGAGUCAUCCCAACCACAGCUCCAGCUGCCAUGAAUCCAACCAAGCCUUU